CUGUCACGCGGUAAACAGCAGCAGCCUCUUGGACGAGCAACAGUUUGAGUGAAAUCCUCCAAAAAUGUCUCUCUGUGUUUUAAUAAUUGUAGCGGCUUUAUUUUCCGCUACAACGACACAGUUCAUCCCACCGUAUACAGAAGACUGUCGUGCAGACAUGUAUCCACCGACGGGCCCCACGUUCAGAGGAGCGGUCCGUUGGUACACAGUGGACCUGGACUCCCCGCCCAGCGAGAGAUGGACGGCUCUAAUUACUGACAAAAAAACUGAUCUGGUCAACGUGAUUCAGGCCAUCAGAGACUUGGCCAACGCUUUUGUUCCCAGUGGAAGGCUGAUUGAGCUCGUUGACAUUACACUGCCGUUGAUGGUGGAUACACUCCCAAACCCUUUCAGUGAGGAAAUCAAAGGAAUUGCGGCCGUUUCAGGGAUUCCUCUCGGUGAGGUCGUCCUGUUCAACAUCUUCUAUGAGGUGUUCACUGUGUGCACAUCAAUUGUUGCAGAAGACGAUAAGGGUAACCUGUACCAUGGUAGAAAUCUGGAUUUUGGAUUAUUUAUGGGCUGGGAUGUGAAAAACAAGUCGUGGAUCAUUAGUGAGAAGCUGAAGCCUCUGGUGGUCAACCUCGACUUCAAGAGAAAUAACCAGACUCUCUUCAAGUCUACAAACUUUGCUGGAUAUGUUGGCAUGCUGACUGGCAUCAAGCCUAACAUAUUCUCUCUGACUAUGAAUGAGCGCUUCAGCCUUGAUGGAGGAUACAUUGGAAUCCUGGAGUGGAUCUUGGGGAAGAGAGAUGGGAUGUGGAUGAGCUUCCUCACUCGCUCCGUUCUAGAAAAUGCAAACAGCUACGAGGAAGCCAAAACCCUGCUGGCUCGCACCAAGCUGCUGGCUCCGGCUUACUUCAUCCUCGGAGGAAACCAGACAGGCCAGGGCUGCAUCAUCACCAGGUCCAGACUGCUCAGUAUUGAUGUCUUGGAGAUGGACCUGAAGAUGGGCCGGUGGUAUGUCCUGGAGACCAACUACGAUCACUGGAAGGAGCCUUUUUUCCUGGAUGAUCGCAGAACUUCUGCCAUAAAGUGCAUCAACCAGACCACACAGACGAACAUCUCACUGAAGACCAUGUAUGAUAUCCUUUCAACCAAGCCAGUGCUAAACAAGUUGACUACAUACACAACACUGAUGCAAGUGUCUGAGGGAAAACUGGAGUCGUAUAUCCGCGACUGCCCAAACCCCUGCAUGCCCUGGUAACGGCCCAACUGCUGAACCCUGAUCAGUUUGUAAAUGCCUACCUGCACGGAGACGCAGUGAUGGGGACGAGCUUUGCUGAUCAUGGAACAGAAGUGAGGUUGUUCCUCUUUAACUGUUUGCACAGCUACCAAAUCACCUGAACCAAAGUUUGUUUUUCAGUCAAAUCAAGAAUACUUUGAUGCUUCGAUGUGAAUACUAAAUCAUGCUUUUGUCUUGCAUGAGGGAAACUGACACAAGUGAAUGGAACUUGUAAAUUCCCUGUUAUUUUUACUGUAAUCAUGUAUGUGUUGAGUCCAGCAGUGGAUCUCAACAUGGGCAAAGGAACCACUGAGAUGAAUGCUUGUGUGUAUUUAAAUUAAUGCAAAAUAUUGUUCGAUUUGUUACUUCUAAAAAUCUUCCCACACUCACCAUGUUGUGCCUCCACACUGUGGCCCUGCUUUAGAUUUCUUAGUCUUUUUUUUUUUUAAUCCGGGUUGCAGGUCAAAAUGUCAAGACCGGUUACAUAAUUUACAGGAAGUGUCUCACCACAUGACCUCUUAACACACUGAUACUGACUAAUCUGCCUCAUAGCGGACCACUCCCCAUUUUAGAUUAAUAAAAAAUAUUCUCAAAUUAAA